AUGCAUGUCCUGUCGACAGCCGUCUUGCUUGGCUCGGUUGCCGUCCAAAAGGUUCUGGGAAGACCUGGAUCCAGUGGCACUUCCGACAUCACAAAACGAGCCGUUACUGACUUCAUCAACACGGAAACCCCCAUUGCCCUGAACAACCUGAUUUGCAAUGUUGGUCCUGAUGGAUGCCGUGCUUAUGGCACAUCGAUUGGCGCUGUAGUUGCGUCGCCAAGCACAACUGACCCAGACUACUUCUACAUGUGGACUCGAGAUAGUGCCCUCGUCUUCAAGACUCUUGUUGACCGGUUCACCCAGAACUACGAUGCUGGCCUGCAGCGCCGUAUCCAGCAGUACAUCGCUGCUCAGGUCACUCUUCAGGGCAUCUCAAACCCAUCUGGUUCCCUCUCAGACGGCUCUGGCCUUGGCGAACCCAAGUUCGAGCUGACCCUGAGCCAGUUCACUGGCAACUGGGGCCGCCCGCAGCGUGAUGGUCCAGCUCUUCGAGCCAUUGCCUUGAUUGGCUAUUCAAAGUGGCUCAUUGCCAACAACUACCAGUCGACAGUGUCGAACAUCAUUUGGCCCAUUGUGCGAAAUGAUCUCAACUACGUUGCUCAGUACUGGAACCAAACCGGAUUUGAUCUGUGGGAGGAAGUCAAUGGAAGCUCAUUCUUUACUGUAGCUAACCAGCACCGAGCACUUGUUGAGGGUGCCACACUUGCCGCUACCCUUGGCCAGUCGGGAAGCAGCUAUUCCACUGUUGCCCCCCAGAUCCUCUGCUUCCUCCAGAAGUUCUGGUCGUCAUCUGGAUACAUUAUUUCCAACAUCAACAGCAAUGAUGGUAGAUCUGGAAAGGAUUCCAACUCCAUUCUCGCCUCUAUUUCCACAUUCGAUCCCAGCAUUGGUUGCGAUGCCGCCACCUUCCAACCCUGCAGUGACAAGGCUCUUUCAAACCUGAAGGUCUAUGUCGACUCUUUCCGCUCCAUCUAUGGUGUUAAUUCGGGCAUCCCUGCCGGCACUGCUGUUGCCGUUGGCAGAUACCCAGAAGACGUCUACUUCAACGGAAACCCAUGGUACCUUUCUACCUUUGCUGUUGCUGAGCAGUUGUACGACGCCCUGUAUGUCUGGAAGAAGACUGGUUCCAUCACCGUUACUUCCACCUCUCUGGCUUUCUUCCAAGAGCUCGUCCCCAGCGUGACAGCUGGAACCUACUCCAGCAGCUCAUCUACCUUUACCAGCAUCAUCAACGCCGUCUCCACCUAUGCUGAUGGAUUCGUCAGCGAGGCGGCCAAGUACGUGCCCUCCGAUGGUUCUCUCUCCGAGCAGUUCGACAAGAACACCGGCACUCCUCUCUCCGCCGUUCACCUGACCUGGUCGUACGCCUCUUUCCUGACUGCCGCCGCCCGUCGCGCUGGCGUUGUCCCCCCCUCAUGGGUCAGCAGCGGCGGCAACACCGUUCCCUCGACCUGCUCCGGCACCACGGUGGCAGGAUCCUACUCAAGUCCCACAGCCACGUCAUUCCCUCCGUCACAGACUCCCAAGACUGCGACUUCUGGCACUACCUUUACACCCAUUGCAUGCGCUACCCCAACUUCCGUGGCUGUGACCUUCCACGAGCUUGCUACCACCGUCCCUGGCCAGACAAUCAAGGUCGUUGGUAACGUCCAGGGCCUGGGCAACUGGAACACCAGCGCCGCCGUUGCUCUGAAUGCCGUCAACUAUGCUACCAACCACCCUCUGUGGAUUGGCCCUGUCAACCUCCAGGCCGGAGCCGUCGUCCAAUACAAGUACAUCAACGUUGGCUCAGACGGCUCCGUGACCUGGGAGGCCGACCCCAACCACACCUACACUGUCCCUGCAGUGGCCUGUGUCACCGCAGUUGUUAAGGAGGAUACCUGGCAAUCAUAA